AUGAAGGAAGAGAGACUAGUGGAAUGCUUUCGUAUGUUUGACGACGACGCUAUUGGAAAGAUAAGUAUUCCAGAAUUAAGAUAUGUACUGCAACAAAUAGGGGAACCCUUGACAGACGAUGAAGCUGACAAAUUUAUUGACUGGGCCAUGAAGGUACCUGAUGCGAUAUCGGAUGGCGGAAUGCUCAACUACGACAUUCUCGCACGGGAACUUAUGAACAGGGACCCAGAUGUCUUAUGA